AUGAACCCGGAGUUGAAGGGGAAAACCUACAACCUUAUUUCGACUGUCGCUUGUUGCAGCAGCAAAGAGUGAAGACUCUACAGUCAUGACGAACUUCUCUACAAUCUACAAAUUGUCCCUGGUUGCUGUUAUUUGCUACAUUAAAGCCUGCAGCAGCAGCUGUCCAGUGUUGGAGUGCUGGUUUGUGCAGGAGAAAGCAGGUCGAGGAGGAGGUUUAACUGCAGCUACGAGCCAGGAAAAAUCUCUGCUUCACAUCAGAACAGACGCACACAGCCACGCCGCAGAGCCCCAACGGACUCCAUCUGACAUCAACCCCGACAGGGUCUACUUUGUUACCGACCCGGCUGCCACUCUGUGCCACCGCUCCCUGAACCCUCCCAGAGGCUCUGUAAACAAGCCCCAGUGUGAGAUUAACCCCUUCCUGCCGCAGCCCUCCACCCUCAAAUGGGUCGCUCCCCUCACAGACUCCGCCCUAAGCCCCAUAUACCUGCAAGCUGACUGGUUUUCAACUGCCACUCUGGGCCUCAACGAAGAGCUGGCCGUUUCCACCAUCAUGCGUGCGCCUACAGCAACCAAAGAGCACGAUGUGAUCCUGAGUGUGACCAGUAAAACCGUCUCGGUGAAGUCCAGACUGGGGGAACCAGUGCUGCUGGACUGCGGCUUCUGGGCUGACCCGUCCUCGCCUCUAUCUGGGUCGGGUUUUGCCGUAGAGUGGCGCUACCAGUUUAGAGGCGACGGGCGAUUAGUUCUGGCCUACGACGGCAAGACGGACCGCCUGGCUGAUACGCAAGAGGAAGGGGCCACGCUGGACAUUGAGAGUUUGCACGCAAAAGGAAAUGCGUCUCUGAUCCUGCAGGAGGCUAAAGUGCGUCACUCUGGGAUGUAUAUUUGUACGGUGUAUCUGCCGUACCUCGUGGCUCAGGUGUCCAUGGAGCUUGAAAUUGUAGAACCCCCAUCCCUGUCCAUCCACCCGUCCCCUCUGCCUCUCGCUGUCCCCGGCCAGACUUUGACCGUCCAGUGUGAGGCGUCUGGCUUUGCCCCCCUCUCCCUGGAACUGAGCUGGGAGUUUAAAGGCGCAGAUGGGAAGACCAGGCCUCUGGGAUCGGGCAGCGUAACGGGCCACAGGCAGGCCUGGGAUGGAACAUACAGCCAGAGCUCCCGACUGGAGCUCGACACAACUAAUCUGGACCUGGGCAAAGGAGGGGAGGUCACCUGUGUGGCCGUCCAUGUUGGAGGCACACAGCGGGCCAGCGCGACCCUCAGUGUCAUCGGGUUCAGUACUCCCUCCAUUGAGGACUCAAUGGCAAUGGUUGGUGUAGCACUUGUGCUCUAUGGUCUUAUCAAAUUUGUUUCUUGGACCUUCACCAGCUCAGGCUCAGAUGAUGCUGGUCAACAAGAUAAGAAAGACAAGUAAAGAAGAAUGAAGUGAACUGCUUUGGAAGUUAAAUACUGAACCUGCAAACCUGUCUGUGUUGAAAUCUUGGAUGGGGUUCAGUAAUGAUGAUUCCCCUGUUCAGAGAGUUAUGUCAUUUUUUUAAAGCUAGCAAAGUGGUCAGUUUGUGGAAACUACUUUUAUUUAAUUUUUUUUUUUACAGAUCCAGAGAAGCUUGCUUGCACCAGUUUU